AUCAAAUUUAAUAGUUCAUAACCUUAAAAUUUUUUGACAAAUGUAAAUAAAUAUAGGUCAUGGAUAAAUCAAGAGGGCUUAAACACGUUCAAGAUAAAAGAAAGUAUAAACCUAAAGGUAAAUCAGCUCCAAUUGCUGAUCAAUCACCUAAACAAAAACUUAAGCAUUUAGACUCUAAUUGGGAUAGAUAUGAAGAAGAGGAAAUUAACCCGUUUCAAAUACAUUCAAGCACUGACUUUGCACUGCUUGCUAACAAUCAUGUUUCAGCUGGAAGUCAUUUUCAAUUUAAAUAUGAUAAGAACGACUUGGAAAUUUCCAAGGAAUUACCAAGUGAUAUGUUUCAUUUAGACAUUGACUUGCUUAAUUUAAGUAUUUCUUCUCUUCCCUUUUAUGAACACUUCAAUAAUGAAAUUAAUUUUUCUGAUAGUCAGAAAAUUACUAUGGAUCAGGAAGCUGAAGAAGCAUCAAAAAAAUAUAAAGAAUAUUUAGCAAAGCAUUUUAAUUUAUUUCAAGAUGACAAAGAAUUUAAUAAAAUAAAAGAAGUUGAUAAAAAUGUACAAAAAGAGUGUAUAAAUCAGUCUAAGGGUGACACAAUAGAUUUAUUAUUGGAUUCCAUUGAUUUAGAUGCUGAUCCAUCCAGUUCAACUCAGAAAAUAAAUGUAAUUAAUGAUGAUAAAGAAAUUGAGGAUUUGGAAUCUUGGCUUGAGGACAUAUUACAAUAACAAUGUUUUAUUUAUUUCACACUUUAUUUUUAUAUAAAUAUAUUUCUUUAAAAAACAUAAAUAAUUCAUUUACCUGCAUUAAAUCUUAACUUUGGUUAAAGGCUUUCAACAA